AUGACGACGAGAACCCUUGUAGAAAUUGGUAAUGAGGAGUCAGAAACCUUCGCGCAACCCGACUCUUUUUUCCCGGCGACGGCAACGGCGAGAGCUUCCUUCGAGCGACCGGACAUACCGAGCGACCCUACUCUCCAAUGUACUAAGCGUUUCUGCCACGAUCCGAUCGACGAUGGUCAACAACAGGGCGACAAAGGCAUACAAGCGCGUCACGGAGACCAGAAAGAAAAGUGUCUUGGAGAUGAUGCGGUGCAUACCUUCAGCACACGGGCACAGGCUGUGCCAGGUCCAACCGGCACUCUACACAUGGCGGCCUCCAAACAGGGCAUGCUCCCGGCUCUUUCUCGGUCUUUCUCGGACGAACGCGCGAACGCGAACAUCGUCGAACAUUCCCCUCAUGCCCGGAGGGAAGUGUCGAAAAACAUCGGUGAAGCUCUCGUCGAAAUCGUGUAA